CUUCCCGUGACGUCAGCCGGCGCGGCGACGGCUUAUUGUUACAAAAGCAAAACAAAAACACGAAGAUGUACGCGCAGGGGCCGCUGGCUUUGUGGAGUAACUCCCUCGGAUGAAGAAUGAAGGGCCAGGACAAUUCUCUUUCUAGACGACUGCCUGGGUGUCGAGGCAUACCUGGCCUUCCAGUAAGACUGGGCACAUAUCAAGUAGCAGAAGGACCAGCACAGAUUUAAGACGUGCAUCUCUCCCUGACUUUGUACAUCAAGCUGUUGGACUGGGCCACAUCUUUUUACUAGCAUUAUUAAAGUAGCCUCCAAGCCCAACAUCUGCCAUGUCUGAGCCCGUCCAUUAUAUCCAUCUGCAGAACUUCAGCAAGUCCCUUCUGGAGACUCUGAAUGCUCAGCGGCUGGAUGGUCAUUUCUGUGAUGUCACCGUUCACAUUCAGGAGUCAACACUGCGUGCCCACCGCUGUGUCCUUGCAGCCUGCAGCCCCUUCUUUCAUGACAAGCUGUUGCUGGGGUAUUCAGAGAUUUCAGUACCCCCACUGGUACCUGCAGAGGCCGUCCGGCAACUGGUGGACUUUAUGUACAGUGGCUCCUUGGUGGUUCUACAGUCAGAGGCCCUCUGCAUCCUCACAGCUGCCAGCAUUCUGCAGAUUAAGACUGUUAUUGAUGAAUGCACACAAAUCAUUUCUCAGAAGGGCCCCACAACCUCAAAGGUGGACAUGAAGGCCCUACAGAAGCCUGUGUUAGAUGCUAGGGGAAGCCCAUCUAGCCGUCCUCAGGAGGAGGCAGUUAUGAAGGUGGGGAAUGGAGGCUGCACGUCGGAUGUGCGAUACAAGCUACGAGAUCUUCUUUCCCAAGCUGCCCAGCAUCACCAGAGGCUUAACACUGUGGAGAGGAGUGAUGGAGAUGCAGAACUGGAGAGCAGUGGGUUUUCAAGCAGUGCUGCAGGGGGUAGCAGUCAUAGUCGGAAACAGAGACAGCCAGUAAGACUUCAGGUUGGGGAGCAGCCAUUAAAUUCAGCAGCUGCAGUAGUGGUGGUAAAAGAUGAGGAGGAAAUGGAAGAAGGUGGAGAUGAAGAUGAAGAGCAGAGAGUAAAGGAGACAGAAGAGAGAGAUGUUGUAGAGGUCCCCCCCUCAGAUUUUGGGUAUAGAAAAACUGAGGUGGUAGAAGCAGGGAGCAGUGGAGCCGAUGCUGAAGACUCUCUGGGAGGCUACCCACCAGAGUCGGCGUCUGAGACGUUUUUUGCAGAUGGCAGUGACGUCUUUCCUGAUAACUUCAUCCCUAACUGGCAGGUAGACACGACUCCUGACUCUGAAGCAGACUACCAGGGUCAGCAACACCAGGUAACUUCUCAGGCAUUUGAGAGUGCAAGCCGAGUGUCACAGGUCUUACACCCUCAGGAUCUUCAUUACACUCCCCGAGGGAGGCCUCUGUCACAGAUCAAGCAGCCACCACCAUCACAGACAGCAGCAGUUUCCAGCCAGGUUCUUUUCCAAUACCCAGUUGCUCAAGCACAAAGCACUCAAGCCUUCUACGUGGGUGGCCCUGUGGUGACAGGGGUAGAAUCUGUUAGUGGGGUGCCACCUGCCAGCAGCAGUCUGCCACACUCCUCGUCAUCCAUUACUGCUGGAAGUGCUGCUUCUUCCUCACAAAGCUCAGAGACUUCUUUCGAUUGCACCCACUGUGGCAAGAGUUUGAGGUCACGCAAGAACUACAGCAAGCACAUGUUCAUUCACUCUGGUCAGAAGCCCCACCAGUGCAGCAUCUGCUGGCGUUCUUUCUCACUGCGGGACUACCUCCUGAAGCACAUGGUUGUCCAUACGGGUGUGCGUGCCUUCCAGUGCUCUGUGUGCUCCAAACGCUUUACCCAGAAAAGCUCACUCAAUGUACACAUGCGAACACACCGGCCUGAACGGAAUUUUACCUGUGGGGUGUGCCAGCGGCAUUUUUCACACCGUACCCUUUUGGAAAGACAUGCUGCUUCACACAUUGAUGCCACCCACCCACCGCCGACCUCCAGCUCCUAAAUCGUCUCUCCUCUGCCUCGUUCUACCUCACACUGCCAUCUGGUGGAGGCGCUUCACACUGUGGCCCUUUACUCCAUGUACUAACCCUGACAGACAGCAAAAGCUCAGCUUUGGUGUGCAUCUCCUCCUCACUGCCAAUGCUAAAUUACAGCACAGCGAUUGACUUUCAUUGCUUUAUCCUGCAGUGACAGCUGUGCUUUGUUGUGUUGGUUCUCUAAAAACUGCAUUCAUAAUAAGCCAUUAAAUGCACAACCCAAAAAACUGUGAAACUGAAAAUGCAAGAUGGUGUGCAUACAGAAAGCAGUGGCAGUCAAGCAACUGGCCACACAACCAGUAAGGUGUUUUCCAUCUACUGACUGCCACUGUGGAGUUCACCAAACUAUAACAAUGGCAUUGAGCUGUACCCCUGGAGGCCAAUGUGAAGCUGAUGAACUGCUGCAGCAGGGUGCAGGAUUUUAAACUCUCAAUUCCAUUAAAAUAUAAUGAGGGGUUUCAGUUUGAUUUACACACCACAGCAGGAACCCAGCGAGGAUGAAGUGUUGGGUUCUGUCCCUUAACAUAAAUGAUAAUAAACACUAGAGACUUGAAUAUUUCCCUGAUACAGCAAAUACACAUCUUUAACUUGCCCCCUUUGAAGACCUUCUCCCCAAACCCAUACUCAACCACUAGGCUGCUUAGCUGCGUGCAUUUUUACUAUGAAAAACGUGCACCAGUGUACUGCAGCCAGAACAUCAGUUUGAUCCCCUACCUUGGAUGGAAGAUCAUGGUACAAAUAUGUCCUCCUAUUCUGACCAGGUCCAAGUUCUGGGGCAGCUUAGGGGCUGAUGCUCUGCUUCACCUAAAUUGAUACCGAAAUAAAGAGUUAACAGCCAAGUGUAAAUACAGACUCGGGCGGUGUGGCCAAUCAAAUCACAUCAUGGCUUUUCUUCAUUGUGGACAAUGCCUGUAAUGGUCAAUGUGGAAAACUGUUCUCUGAAGAAAGUCUAGGCUUUCAGGAUAAAUUAAACGGUUCACUCCACAUAACUGUUAACAUUUUAAUUAGUUACAAAUGUGGGUAGGUUUAU